AUGGCUGCCACUCAAUCGAAAGCCACACCUGCCAACGUCAAGAUUUACUCAGACAAGAAAGAUCGACUCAAAUCUGCUUUGAGUAUGGAUCAAUCCGUAGUGUGGUACGACAGCGAUAGCAACUCCGGCGAGGACGCCGGGGAAGAUGGAGAGGAGGCAGUUGAAGGGGAUGAAGACGAGGACGAUGAAGGAAGGGGAGACGAUGACGAAGACGGCGACAGCACGGACAGUGCAGAUAGCAGCGACUCGGUCUCGACCCCCGAGUCGUCGCCUCCUCCGAAUCGUCAUACGCUGUUCCACGGUCAAGACGACAGACCUGCGACUGCGUUUGGGGCCUUUGACGCGACCGGCGACUGGGUCUGGUCGAAGCGGACUCCGAAUGGCGCUUCAGACGAGCGGUCUGAAGGGCAAGAGGCCAAUUUGCACGUGCAGCCAGUGCUGAACCGGCAUGAUCGCACUCAGAUGGUCAUGGCCGAAAGUUUGGCGCAACGGACGUCAGACGUCUUUUGGCCCACCAGAGGUCAUAUGGAUGUCGAUGAGUUGCGAGAUCAGGACGAAAACUCUUUUGACGUUGUUGGCUACACAUCGUACCAGUCGCGCAGACUGACGUCUUCCUCAGCGACCAGUGAGGGUCACGGCAUCGUCGUACCCGUGCGUAUUCGUCUCGAAGACGACUCUUCGAGCGAUGAAAGCGAGUGCAGCACCCUCACGAGCUCCUCCAGCGGCAGCGAUUCCGAAGCGCGCCGACGUGCGAGCAUGAACAUGCUGCAGCGCUUGGGGCGAAACGUUGCGGUCCCCCCUCGUCGUGCUUCUGCUAUGCGGCUUGGUCACGGGGCGCCACGAAGACCGCCAUCGCUCGACGAGAUUUCGAGCCGCGUCGUUUCCGGGUGCGGCAACGUCUACGGACGAGGUACACCACCGGUGAGUGCUGCGCUCCAGCAGCGUGCGGUGAGCUGCCCCUCACCGCUGCCGCUACAAAGAGCGUGGUUCGGGGAGGUGCAGGUGAUGGUAACGCCACCGACGCCUCAGCUGCCGGCGGAGAAGAUCCCUGGCGUGGUGCUGAAGAACUCGCACAUGCCGUCAUGCUCCUUCUCGACGGAUGCAUGGGGCAAUCUGGUUGCGCCAAAAUUUGACGUUGCGCCGGGACGUCAGAUCAUGCUUGCCGAAAGAGAGGAGCAAGCGAAACAGUGGCUAGAGGCUUUCAAACGGCAACAGCAGCAACAACAACAGGAGAGGCAUGGACUCAACCUCGACCUGGGUGCCGGCAACGUUGCUCCUCCUAUUGCAAACGGUACACAGGCAGCGGCUAAGUUUACGCCGAGCAGCCCCACGCGGUGCAAGACUCCGUCACCGUCGCUCUCCAAUUCUGCAGACAGGGCUGCAGGAACGUUGCCGUCACUGUCUGGCGGGCCUGUGAUCCCUCCUCGGCGACGCAGCUUUGGUCGUCGUUUGUCUGGACAGCUCCAUCCGAAUGCUCAAGCUGCUGGUCCGACUUUCAUUAGUUCGACUGCCUCUGGAGACACAACAGUCGAGUUAUUGCACUCUGAUGCUCCAAGUUGCACCCAGGAUUCCGGUCCGCCAUCGCCGACUGUGCCGAACUGCAGAUCGCUGGUGGCGAAGCUCAGUCUGCGGAGGUCCAGCAAGGAGGCGGGCAAGACACAGGCACCUUUGCUGGUCCCUCGCAAGCCUGUGCCCUGUGCCCUAGAUUGA